AUUUCCUGGUUACGCCAAAAUUAUUCUGCCACUGUUCAGUUUGGUGUUUCUUUCUCGUCGCAUUUUCUCUGGAGAGUUUAUCAUUUUUACUGCCGGUAUGUUUAAAGGCUUGGGGACGUGGUUGGGUCUGGAGAAGACGUCGGAUGAGUCGGAGAGUCUGAACGUGGAGCAGGAAGAGAAGGUGGUGGAAGCCCAAAACGAGGUAAACAAACAGCAACCAGCUGACCACGAUCACGACGAAGCAGAGACAAAGCACGCAAACCCAGAGCAGAGAUCAGGAUUUGGUGGUUACAUCUUCAGCUUUGCCUCCAGUGCCACCAAGAAGCUCUCUGAGUCUGUGGUAGAGACGGCUCAGAGCAUCAAGAAGACAGUGGAAGAGGGGAAGAUUGACGGCAUCAUAGACAAGACUAUCUUAGGAGAUUUCCAGAAGGAGCAAGAGAAGUUUGUUCAAGAGAAGAAGGCCAAAAAGUCAGAAGCAGCGGUCCCUCCCUGGGUGGGCUACAACGAGGAGGAGACGAUCCAGCAACAGAUCCUGGCUCUGUCCGCUGACAAGAGGAACUUCCUGCGAGACCCUCCGGCUGGCGUUCAGUUCCACUUUGACAUGGAGCAGAUGUAUCCUCUGGCUGCAGUCAUGCUGGAGGAAGACCAGCUCCUCAAUCGCAUGCGCUUUGACCUGGUCCCUAAACAAGUGAAGGAGGAGGUGUUCUGGAGGAACUACUUCUACCGGGUGUCUCUGGUCAAACAGUCGGCUCAGCUCACAGCGCUGGCAGCUCAGCAGCAGCAGAAGGACGGCGGGGACAGCGGCGCCGUCUCACCCGAUGAUGUCGUCUUGAAAGACAAUGUCCGACCAAAAACACCACCAGUUUCCAUCAGCAACUUACAGAAGCCACAUCAUGAGGAAGAAGAAGAAAUCUCAACGAGCCCUGGGGUGUCUGAGUUUGUAAGCGAUGCCUUUGACUCUGCUGCCUUCAACCAGGAGGAUCUGAGGAAAGAGAUGGAGCAGCUGGUGCUGGACAAGAAGGACAGCAUCCCUUCCCCUGAUGAUGAGUCAGCAGAUUGGGAGAAGGAGCUGCAGCAGGAGCUUCAGGAGUACGAGGUCGUGACGGAGGCGGACAACAAGGACGACCAGUGGGAUCAGGAGAUCGAGAAGAUGCUCCAGGCUGAGGACAGCUAGAAAACAACWGUUUGUUACCAUUCACCAGUAACGUUGUGGUCACAAAGGACCAAUGGAAAAAGUUGGAGAAAAAAAAUGACAGAAUUGUCCUUCCUGAUGAAGUAACGUAGAUCCAAUCAUAGUGCGAGUGCAGCUGCAGGAGGCAUCAGCUCCAGGCAGGAAAGUUAGCAAAGUACUACUUUUUAAAUCUUGCUUUAUCUACUUCUUUAUCUACUUCUCCAACUUCUGUCUUUUGAUGAGUAAAACCUCUAGAGGGCGCUCCAGUUUUAUAAAGCAGGGGGUUCCAUCUGUUCUCGAAGUUUAUCUUUCUUUCCAAAUGGUUGGUCGUACGGUCAUAUACUGACAUGAGUGCAGUCAAAUCAACUGUGAAGCUGAAAUGUGUGUAAAUAAAGAGGGUGAUGCUGGAGGUUGCAUUAUCUUCAUUAAAUCUGUCUAUUUAAUCACAUUUUCUGUUUUUGUCUACUUUAUGUUGUUUCUUUGUAGCUGCGUCAUUGUACAUGUCUGUGUUUUACUUAUUUACUUUUAAUAAAGGUAUAUGGUGUUAA